ACAAGUCUCACUGAGUUAAUCGCCUUUGCCCUUUCUGUGGUCUCCCUACAACCCUUGCUGCUUCAGUUUCUCAUAGAACAGCUUCAGUCUCAGAUGGAGGGACAAAAAUGGGAAGAGUUAAGCAUGGAUAUUUUGGUGAAUGUGCUCCGAAGAGUGGGAAUGGAGUCGUUGUUGUUGGAUGUUCCCUUUGUAUGCAAGUCUUGGUAUAAAGCGAGCCGCGAACCUCAGUGCUGGGAGCAUCUUAUUUUUCCUAAAUUCAUCACACCUGAUGAUAUAGGGGAGGAAGACAGCCCGGACAGGGGCUUUGCAGAGAGGUUAGCGAUGACAUAUCAAGAAAAUUUGUCUGUCACUGCAUCCGUGAAGCUCAUACUUAACCGUAGCUGUGGACAUGCCACAAUCAUCAAACUCCCCAAUUACUGCACCGAGGAGGCACUGGAGUAUGUUGCAAACCAGUGUCCCAGAUUAAAGGUGUUGGAUGUGGGUGAUUUUAAUAUGUCUAUCGAAGCUAUUAUUCCACAAUUUAUAAGCAAGUGGAAAAGUUUGGAAAUGAUGAGACUUGGGAAAUUUCACAUGAAGGAAGUCCUACCAGAGAUCGGUCUUCACUGCAACAACUUCAUUUGGCUAUCAGCUCCAGAAACCUACAUUGGGAAAGAUGAAGCAUCGGCCAUCAUCACUUCACUGCCACAACUUAAGUACUUGGAUCUACAUGGGGCAUCCUUUGAGAAGGAAACUCUAGUGAUGAUAUUGCAGGGCUGCAAACAGCUUGUGCAUUUAGACAUCAGGGACUGCUGGGGUUUUCAUGGUGUUGAUGCCGAGAUAUUGAAGCUCGCUUCACAUAUUCCUACAUUCAUGUGGGAAGGGUCGAUCAGAAUACCUGAGAGAGAAUCCAGUUAUGUGCAUGACCUCAAGCUUGAUCAUGAGCUAUUCUGCGAUCAAAUUAAUCACAGGACUGCGUUUAUGAUAUAAAUUUCGGAUUUGAUGAUUCAUUUGAGGGUUUGUGAAUUCAGUUGAGAUUCAGAUGGGCUUGUUAAUAAGCUAAAGCACUAUGAAAAGCUCCCUUGUGUGCCUCUUUAUGUAAUGUAAGACGAAUUAAUAGCGACUCCGAAGAGUUAAUUCUGUUCCA